CCGCAUUCCUUUCAGGCCAAAACCCUAAAUCCUUCUUAUCUCCCUCUACACUCCACCGAUCUCAACUCGAACUCUGCCUUCAACCGUUCGCUUCCGCCGUCCGAUGCCGCCGUUCGCUGCCGCCUUUCGCCGCCGCCGUUAGCCGCCACCGUCUGCUGCCACUGUCGGCCGCCUCCUUCUUUUUUCAUAAAGAUGAGCAAUGAACAAUCCACAUCCCGUGCUCGCCCGAACUAUGCGCCCUUAACCCAAACCGAGCGCAACAAUGAAGAUUCCGAAUGGGUGACACCUCACUUGGUUGCUAACGAUCAAGAUGUGCUCAACCAAAUCAAAAUCAUAAUUGGUGGACACUUUCUUGGCAACUGGGCGACGUACACGGAUGUUGAUCCUAAGGUCCGUGAACUUUGGUGGAACUUGUUCAAGGCCCGGUUUCGCUGGACUGAAGAACAAGGCCCCGCUAUUCUAAGGGCGUACAAUGCCAGAGUUUCAAACUGGCUUCGCCCCACUUUUAGGCGUGCCCGAGCCAGUGGGGUAAGGCCUCAAUGGUGUUCGGAUAUGGUAUGGGAAAACCUCGUCCGCCACUGGUCUUCGGAUCCGACUUUCUUGGCCAGAAGCGAAGCCGGGAAGAAAAAUCGGAUGUCCGAGAAGGCAAUGACGACACAAUGGCACGGAGGCCGCAAACCCCAGAGUAAACAUAAAGAAGCUCUUGCGGGGCCUCAAAAGAAGAGGGUCCCUAUCCUCAGUGUAAUCAAACAUUGUUGGACGAAGAGCGGUGUUGAGUCGCCAGCCAAUCUACCACCCCGCCUUGCUGAAAUCGAAACAAAGUAUAACGCAAAUGUUGAAAAGAAGCGGGCGGAACUUGGCUUGACUCAAGAAGAUGACAUCGGUUCUGAUGUGGAAGAUGAUGCCAUCCUUGAGGCAACAGGGGUGUACAAGGGUCGGCUUCCAUGCCUCGGGGCUGAGGGGCAACGUAUUUUGUACGAUCGCAGCGGCAGCGGAGCUUCAUCAUCUUCUCAAUCUAGACGAGGAGAGGAUCCACGCAUUGCUCAAUUGCAGCGAGAAUUGGAGGAGCAGCAGCGUGCAUUUGAACAACAACGAAAGAAUGAUGAAGAAACGAGGGCCCGGCUGGAAGCGAUGGAACGGAUCCUUGCUGGAUAUCAGCCUCCACCUCAACCUCAUCCUCGUCCGUACAUUAUGCACGUUGAGCAGACUCCUCAGGUUCCGCACAUGGGUGGUAUGGGUUAUCACUCUAACUCCGGUUAUGGUGCCAUGCCUGCAAUAGGGUCUACAUUUGGAUCUCUGUCGCCUGAUAUGCUCCAUCAGUUUCAGUCAUCGGGAGGAGGCAGCCGAGGAAGCCACCGAGGAAGCCACCGAGGAAGCCACCGAGGAAGCCACCGAGGAAGUCACCUAGGAGGCAAUCGAGGAGGCAAUCGAGGCAGUCGAGGAAGUUCCCGACCCUUAGACCCCGUGGAUGCAGAAGAGGAUCAUCAUCGUCAUUAUGAUGAUAAUGAUGAUGAAUACGAUUACGAUGAUUCUAAUUAUUAUCACAAUGGAGUCCGACUUUGUAGAGCGUGGUUCUCACUUGAUUAAACAAAAUGUAUGGAAGGAAAGGGUGUGAAUUGGUGAGAGAACUUGCAGAUGGCGAACCUGGGCAGCUCGCAGCUUACAAUAGUGAUUUAUUUACUCAAGUAAUUGAGGAAUGUAACAGCCAUUUCCUUCUUCUUCAAUCCUUGUUGAGGUCAUCAUCUUUUGAUAAUUCAAAUAGCCAACAACCAUCUGAAGAUGCUGAUUACAAUGGCUUGCUGGUUCAUCACCGGUCUCUUAUCCGCAAUAAACGAUGUCUCAUGGCUUAUGUAUACAACCGUGCUGAAAUCAUUCGCAGUUUAGGUUGGACCCUUGAACGGGUACUCCCUGAAGAAAUUGAGGAGAAACUUAGCAGUUCAGAAAAGGAUUAUUUCAAAAAUCAUUCUGCUACUCUACAAUCGUGCAUGUCAGAACUUGAUCUGGACUUGGGUGUGGAUAUGGUGCCACCCAAAGACCCCUACAUCAAAGUGAGGGUCCUUGAUGACAUUGGAACUGUUUUGUUGAGCGAUCAGUUGGCAAAUCUGGCACUCCAUGCGAUUCUUUUUCUUAGAAGAACUGAUGCUGAGCAGUAUAUCUCCCAGGGGUUGAUGGAGGAGCUAACAAGUUGAGUGGAAUUUCUCAAGUAAAAACACUAUUAUUAGUUUAUUCUACAUGCACCAUCUUUACACCUACUAUGUAUGUCUGGUUGGAGGAACUAACAGUGUAGUUUGUAGAGAUUCCUUCUGGUUCUAUGAGAGUGAGGUAAUUGCCAUAUCCCAAAUUCCCAAUGGUCUUUGCAAUUGAUGCUAAUGUAUUGGGGGUACGGGUGGACAUGGUUCUGGACUGAAAUAGAACUGGACUGAUAAUUUUUGCCCAAAAAAACGGGCGACUGGUCGAACCAGGUUGUGACUGGGCUGUCCAUCUGUAAUUUCCUUCACCACAGUUCAGGUUAAGGUGCCUACAUAUGGAGAACCGAAACCUCCCAGUACAGAAUUGGAACCAGAUCCAGUGCAGUUGGAAAGGGUUGCCCCAAUCAAGCUCAUUGUGAACAACAUUAAUGACAAACAAGUUCAUGUAUUUGUGGUGUUCUUGCUUUUUGUUAAUGACAUUAGUUCCCUUGUCCGUUUGCUGCUGCAUUUGACAUUCUAUCCUUUACUUUUCAUUUUAUACGGUUUGAAUGAUGAGUUGGUGAUAAUUAAUAUUCAAAAAAUAUAUCAUAAACGAUCUUGGUCCUCA